AUGGAAACUGCCAUUCGAAAAUCAGCUCUUGCUCAUACAUCAACUAUUUUUAAAGAAUCAAAUUUGGUGAGAUUUGAAAAAGCCAAGAAUUCAAAAAAUUAUGCAAAGAUUGUUGACAGUCUUGACCAAAUGAGCAAAAUGCCAACAGAACAGCAUAUCCUGGACAGAUUUAAGUGCUUAGCUGCAAAUGUGAAAAGUAGACAGGAGAGAGUUGUGAUAGUGAUCAAAGAAGUAAAAAUCUUAUGGAAAAAACUGAAUCUUCCAAUUCAAAAAAGCAAAUCUACAGUGGAAAGAAAAAUUGAGAAUGUACUAAACAAGUAUGAAAAAAACAGCAGAAAACCAGGAACGCAAGACUUUACCAACUUGUUCAACAUGUCAACAAAUGGUAGAGCUGGCUACUGCACCACAAUUGAAGAUACACAAGGAGUUCAUCCUAGAAAACUAAAGUUGAUUAAGCAAAAAGUCAGUCAAGAUACUAAGGAUGAUUUAAACAGUGAAGAUGAAGAACAGCAAAGAGUCAGUCAAGAUACUAAGGAUGAUUUAAGCAGUAAAGAUGAAGAACAUUUUAACACUGAAGAAGAAAAACAAGAUUUUGACAGUGGUUCUCAAGAUUCAGAUGCUCCGAAGGAAGAAGAAAUUGUUUGGAGAGAUGAUAUGGCUUUCCUUCAUCACUUGAUCACUUGUUACAGACAGUUUAAGGAAACAGGAUGCUUCCUAAAGUAA